GGCUGCUUUUCCAUCCAGAGAGACAGAGACGGGAAGGGAGAGCAAGAGACAGCACGGCACCAGAGCCUCCUCAGGCAAAGAAGCUUCCGGCAGCCUUGCCCCUCCCCGACCGGCCCAGGCUGUGACUUUCCGUAACUGGCAGCCACUCAGGAAGUGGAGGCCACACAGGAAGACCGGGGCUUUCCUCCUGCGCCAGCUCUGUUGCCGGCAGCAUGGCGCCCCCCAGCGAGGAGACGCCCCUGAUCCCCCAGCGCACCUGCAGCCUCUCGUCCACCGAGGCCGGCGCCCUGCACGUGCUCCUGCCCCCCCGCGGCCCCGGGCCCCCCCAGCGGCUGGCAUUCUCCUUCGGGGCCUUCUCGGCCGAAGAGCUGUGUGUGCGGGCGGCCAAGGCCAGCGGCAUCCUGCCGGUGUACCACCUCCUCUUCGCUCUGGCCACCGAGGACCUGUCCUGCUGGUUCCCCCCCAGCCACGUCUUCUCCGUGGAGGACGGGGCCACCCAGGUCCUGCUCUACCGGCUGCGCUUCUAUUUCCCCAACUGGUUUGGGCUGGACCGCUGUCACCGCUUCGGGCUGCGCACGGCGGCCACCGGGGCCUUCCUGGACCUGCCGGUGCUCCGCCAUCUCUUCGCGCAGCUUCGCAGUGACCUGGUGAGUGGCCACCUGGCCAUGGGGCUGAGCCUCAAGGAGCAGGGCGAGUGCCUGAGCCUGGCGGUGCUGGACCUGGCGUGCCUGGCCCGGGAGCGUGGGCUGCGGCCGGCGGAGCUUCUGAGGACCAUCAGCUACAAGGACUGUCUGCCUCCGUCGCUGCGGGAGCUGAUCCAAGGCCUGAGCUUCGUCACCCGCCGGCGUAUCCGCAGGACGGUGGAGCGGGCGCUGCACAAGGUGGUGGGCUGCCAGGCGGAGGCGCCGGCUCUCAUGGCCAAGUUUGUCAUGGACCUGCAGCGCCUGUGUCCCGUGGACGCAGAGACCUUCCCCGUUGGCCUGCCUGGCCGGCCGGAGAAGGGGCUGCUGCGGGUGGCAGCGCUCAGCGGGGUGGCCUGGAGCCCUGGAGACCCGGAGGCCUUCCAGCCCUUCUGUGACUUUCCGGAAGUCGUGGACAUCACCGUGAAGCAGGCCCCGUGCUCCGGCCCCAUCCAGGAGCGCCGCCUGGUCACUGUCACCAGGACGGACGGCCAGAUCCUGGAGGCCGAGUUCCCGGGGCUGCCCGAGGCCCUGUCCUUCCUGGCCCUCGUCGACGGCUACUUCCGGCUGACCACCGACUCCCGCCACUUCUUCUGCAAGGAGGCGGCGCCGCCACGGCUGCUGGAGGAGACUGCGGAGCAGUGCCACGGCCCCAUCACCCUGGAAUUUGCCAUCAACAAACUCAAGACCCAGGGGUCCAUCCCGGGCUCCUAUGUGCUCCGCAGAAGCCCCCAGGACUUUGACAGCUUCCUCCUCACCGUCUGCGUUCAGACACCCCUGGGCCCCGACUACAAGGGCUGUCUGAUCCGGCGUGACCCCGCAGGGACCUUCUCCCUGGCUGGCCUCGGCCGCCCCCACAGCAGCCUGCGCGCGCUCCUGGGAGCCUGCUGGAACGGAGGGCUGCGAGUGGAUGACGUGGCGCUGAGCCUCACCUCCUGCUGUGCCCCCAGGCCCAAAGAGAAAUCCAACCUGAUCGUGGUGCGGAGAGACUGCGGUCCGCCCGCGUCCGCCCCGGUCUUCCCCCAGGCCCAGUGCCCCCUCAGCCAGAUGACCUUCCACAAGAUCCCGGCGGAGAGCCUGGAGUGGCAUGAGAACCUGGGCCACGGCUCCUUCACCAAGAUCUACCGGGGCUGCCGGCACGAGGCUGUGGACGGGGAGCCCCGGGAAACGGAGGUGCUCUUCAAGGUUAUGAAUGCCAAGCACAAGCACUGCAUGGAGUCGUUCCUGGAAGCCGCCAGUCUGAUGAGCCAGGUGUCUUUCCCACACCUCGUGCUGCUCCACGGCGUCUGCAUGGCAGGGGACAGCAUCAUGGUCCAGGAGUUUGUGCGCUUGGGCGCCCUGGACACCUACCUGCGCAAGUGCGGCCCCCUGGUGGCGGCCAGCUGGAAGCUGCAGGUGGUCAAGCAGCUGGCCUACGCCCUCAACUACCUGGAGGACAAAGGCCUGCCCCACGGCAACGUGUCGGCCCGCAAGGUGCUCCUGGCUCGCGAGGGGGGCGACGGCAGCCCUCCCUUCAUCAAGCUGAGUGACCCGGGGGUCAGCCCUGCCGUGCUCAGUCUGGACAUGCUCACUGACAGGAUUCCCUGGGUGGCCCCCGAGUGCCUCCAGGAAGCUCGGACCCUGGGCCUGGAAGCGGACAAGUGGGGCUUCGGGGCGACCGUGUGGGAGGUCUUCAGUGGCGUCCCCAUGCCCCUCAGUGCCCUGGACCCCACACAGAAGCUGCAGUUCUAUGAGACUCACCAGCAGCUGCCUGCCCCCAAGUGGACAGAGCUGGCCUUGCUCAUCCGGCAGUGCAUGGCCUACCAGCCCAGCCUCAGGCCCUCCUUCCGCGCUGUGCUUCGAGACCUCAAUAGCCUCAUCACCUCAGAUUAUGAGCUGCUCUCGGACCCGGCACCCGGCACCCUGGGCCCCCGGGAUGGGCUGUGGAGCGGUCAGAUGUGUGGCAGCCAGGACCCCACACUGUUUGAGGAGCGUCAUCUCAAGUUCAUCUCCCAGCUGGGCACAGGUAACUUCGGCAGUGUGGAGCUGUGCCGCUACGACCCGCUGGGUGACAACACGGGCGCGCUGGUGGCCGUGAAGCAGCUGCAGCAGAGCAGCCCCGAGCAGCAACGAGCCUUCCAGCGUGAGGCCCAGCUGCUCAGCUCCUUGCACUGUGACUUUAUUGUCAAGUACCGCGGGGUCAGCUAUGGUCCUGGCCGGCAGAGCCUGCGCCUGGUCAUGGAGUACCUGCCCAGCGGCUGCCUCCGGGACUUCCUGCGGCGCCACCGCGCGCGCCUGCCCGCUGCCCGCCUGCUGCUGUUCGCCUCGCAGAUCUGCAAGGGCAUGGAGUACCUGGGCUCCCGCCGCUGCGUGCACCGCGACCUGGCGGCCCGCAACAUCCUGGUGGAAAGCGAGUCGCACGUGAAGAUCGCGGACUUCGGGCUCGCCAAGCUGCUGCCGCUCGACAAGGAAUACUACGUGGUCCGCGAGCCCGGCCAGAGCCCCAUCUUCUGGUUCGCUCCUGAGUCGCUGGCGGACAACGUGUUCUCUCGCCAGUCCGAUGUGUGGAGCUUCGGGGUGGUCUUGUACGAGCUGUUCACCUAUGGGGACAAGGGCUGCAGCCCCUCAGCCGAGUUCCUGCGGAUGAUGGGGUGUGACCGUGACGUCCCCGCGCUCUACCGCCUCCAGGAGCUGCUGGCCGAGGGCCGCCGCCUCCCCGCGCCGCCCGCCUGCCCGGCCGAGGUCCACGAGCUCAUGACCCGCUGCUGGGCCCCCCGCGCCCAAGACCGGCCGACCUUCAGCGACCUGGGCCCCCAGCUGGACGCUCUGUGGGGCGGGAGGCGGGAGUAGUCUCGGGGGGCUCCCCGCCACCCAGGGACCCCACUUCCAUCCGGAGCCCCCACCCCGGGCACGGGGCCUCGGGCCUCUCUGUGCCCCCAAACACGAUGUCUUUCCGCCCUGACUUGGGGGGUCCUGGGAGACGCGGGUGCCCCCAGUUCUGCCCUCUCGGGGACCCUGUCCCCCAGCUUCGGAAAUUCCUGUUCGCCCCUCAGAAUCCCGGCCGACUCUGGGGUCUGGGGGCUUUAGGGGGGCAGGGAGGGGACACUGGGUGUGUGUUUAAGUCAAUAAAGACGGCUGAGAAAGAAAAUGUG